AUUCAGUUCUCUUAGUUUUUAAAUUAAAAACUUUUAUAGUCAUACUAGGAUGUGAUCCAAGUGUAAAAUUGAUAAUGUUCAAUUUAAUAUGUUACCUUUGCAUAAUUUUAGUCAUAGAGACUAAUAUAUGCCCAAAAUUAUAGGGAACAAAAACUCCUAAUACUUGAGACCGAAGGUCAUGAUUAAUAUCUGCAUGUAUUAUGAUUUUUUAAGAUUGGUUGCAAUAGGCAUAAUGUCCUUGAAUAAUGAAACAAACGAGAGACCACCUUAUGCUUAAGUAUUUUUUUUAAUGUAUAACACCAUAAUCCUAAGCAGUUCUGCUGUAAUUAAGGUGGAUUCACAUACUGAUUUUGUUUGUGCCUACCUAUAUCAGGUUACUAGGCCCCCCUCCCAACCAUGGUUACUAGGCCCCCCUCUCUUUUGAUUCGCAAAUGCAAUGUACUCAGUCAUCAUACACUUAUAUUUGAUAUUAUCCUCAGAGAUUGGUUGGCAAGUCAGCUAUGCAAAUGGCAAAGUUGUCAUUUUUUUCAUUUAUAUGCAUUUUAUGAUCUAUAGGACAUGUCCUUGAGACUUUCUUCAAUGCAGAACUCAGCUGAAGCCAAAGCAACCAGGGAUCUGCAGUUAUCCGUGAGAGGGGCAUUAAGCUCUAAGAAGGACGCAUCAAAGAAAGAUUUAGAUCCUGAACUUUCUAAUAGUGAUGAUGAUGAUGAUGAUGAGGCCAACUUUGAUGCACGAAUGCUCCAACAAAUACUCAGAAGAAGAAUGGACCUGGGAGAUCUCUCAUCUAAGCAAAAGAAAGAUGGAAGCACUAGCCCAACAGGUCGUCAAAUUUCUGCCCCAAGGUAUACUGCUGAAAGCAUUGACGAUGACCAGCCAAGGGUGGAAAAGCUGUCGCUGAAGAAAAAGGGAAUAGGAUCUGAAGCCAGGGCAGAGCGCAUGGCUAAGGCAGAUGUAGAUUUACAGUUAUUCAGCGAAGCUGAACAAGGAAGACUGUUGCAAAAACAGAAGAAGCGCAGAAUUCAAGGACAUGAGGAUGAGGUUUUAGGAAAACUUGAGAAGUUUAAGAAGGCAAUUUCUGGAAACGUAGUUGCCGCAAACACCUAGUCCGGAGGUGCUUAUAAAGAGGAUUUGUCUGACUGGAGUAGUGUCCGCCUAAACUUUGCACCUGAACCUGGCAAGGAUCGUAUGUCUCGCAAAGACGACCCAAAUGACUAUGUUGUGCAUGAUCCCCUUUUGGAGAAAGGAAAAGAGAAAUUCAACCGAAUGCAAGCCAAGCAAAAAAGACGAGAACGAGAAUGGGCUGGCAAAUCUCUCACUUAGUGUCAUCCCUGCAUAUUACGACCAUGAAAUUGAUGAGCUGGUUUAGGUGGGCCGCCUAGUGUUUGCUAUGUGGUUUGAGUGAUCAAAGUGCGGAAAAAAAAAAUCCCCCAUCUUGCCAGCCAAACUUCCAAGAAACUGGGAAGCUGUAGUUGACCAAUAGACUCCUAGGUUCAUUUCAUUUGUACUAUUACACUGAUUCUCGCCUCCUGUCUAAUUUAUCUCCAGUAGAAGUACAAUUCAUUGUAGAUACUCUGCUAAAUAUGCCAUAAUCAGAGGGUUUUUCGAGUCAAA